UGCAUGAGUGCGUCGCACGGUCACGUCGUAUUGCUGUCACGAGCCUUAUUCGAUCCGUGGAGUGGAAGCUGGAGAAUAAGAACGGACAUCAAUUAUAUACCUAAAUACGAACCAAAUUCAGUGCGUGAUAAAGCGGGCAAGAUUAUAACUUCAUAUUGCUGGUUGGCGGUUGAGACUCUCGACUGAGUUAUUUCGGUCAACUGGUGAUGUACUUCAGUAUUUGAAUGAUAUUGCUAGCCACCUAUCUAGCUAGCUGUUAAGCUAGCUUUACGGUGCGUGACUCGAAGUAACUUAACAUUGUAUUCUCGGACGGUGUUCUUAAUAACCCAUCUCACUACAUUCGUCUUAAUGUCAUCCAAGUAGUGGGUGGUUUUAACUUUAAACAGUUCUUACUAUAUGUGUUCCGUGUCGCCUCUAAUCCUUAGGAGAUAAGGAUUGAAUGAAAUAACGUUAGCUUGCAAUAGCCAGCGGAAACGAGUCAGCUAACAGGGAUAACGUUAACUUAUCCUCCUGCUACUGCUUGAUCCACCUCCAUCCAGCGAUUCUAGCAAAUGCUAUCUGAGCUAGCAGCUCAGAAGCACACAGUGAGCUUGGUAGGUAACCUUCGAUCAUAAAGAUAAAGCGAACGACUUAAUCUGCACAGCAGCUAGCUAAUACGGAACAUUAAGGUGGACAUCUUCAACUCCAGUUCAGUGAGAAAGGCUGACCAACGUCAGUGUAUUUUUACGGAUAAGGCCGGAGUGAGAACAGAAACCUGCAAAAAUGCCGGCUGUAUCGAAAGGAGAUGGAAUGCGCGGAUUAGCGGUGUUCAUUUCGGACAUCCGAAAUUGUAAGAGCAAAGAGGCUGAGAUCAAACGGAUCAAUAAAGAGUUGGCCAACAUUCGCUCCAAGUUUAAAGGAGACAAGGCUCUAGAUGGCUACAGCAAGAAGAAGUAUGUGUGCAAGCUGCUCUUUAUCUUCCUGCUUGGCCAUGACAUCGACUUUGGACAUAUGGAAGCAGUCAACCUGCUGAGCUCUAACAAGUACACAGAGAAACAGAUUGGCUACCUAUUCAUUUCAGUAUUGGUAAACAGCAACAGUGAGCUCAUCCGUCUGAUCAACAAUGCUAUCAAGAAUGACCUGUCCAGCCGUAAUCCCACCUUCAUGUGCCUGGCCCUUCACUGUAUUGCAAAUGUGGGAAGCCGUGAAAUGGCUGAGGCCUUUGCCAGUGAGAUCCCUCGGAUCCUGGUUGCUGGUGAUACAAUGGACAGUGUGAAACAGUCAGCGGCCCUGUGUCUGCUGCGGCUCUAUAAGACCUCUCCUGACUUGGUACUAAUGGGUGAAUGGACAUCACGCGUGGUGCACCUGCUCAAUGACCAACACAUGGGUGUGGUUACAGCAGCCAUCUCUCUCAUCACCUGUUUGAGCCAGAAGAAUCCAGAUGAGUUCAAGACCUGUGUUUCCCUGGCUGUUUCACGACUUAGCAGGAUUGUGUCGUCAGCCUCCACUGAUCUGCAGGAUUACACAUACUAUUUUGUUCCGGCACCUUGGCUGUCUUGCAAGCUUCUGCGCUUGCUACAGUGUUACCCACCACCAGAAGAUGGUGCUGUCAAGGGUCGUCUGGUAGAGUGUCUGGAGACAAUUCUCAAUAAGGCCCAGGAGCCGCCAAAGUCCAAGAAAGUGCAGCACUCCAAUGCCAAGAAUGCGAUCUUGUUUGAGGCUAUCUCUCUCAUCAUCCACUAUGACAGUGAGCCUAACCUGCUAGUGCGAGCCUGUAACCAGCUUGGCCAGUUCCUGCAGCACAGAGAGACCAACCUGCGUUACCUAGCUCUGGAGAGCAUGUGUACUUUGGCCAGCUCUGAGUUUUCCCAUGAAGCUGUCAAGACACACAUUGAGACUGUCAUCAAUGCCCUCAAGACUGAGAGGGAUGUGAGUGUUCGACAGCGGGCAGCUGAUCUGCUGUAUGCUAUGUGUGAUCGCAGCAAUGCAAAGCAGAUUGUGGCUGAGAUGCUCAGCUACCUUGAGACAGCAGACUAUUCCAUCAGAGAAGAGAUGGUGCUGAAAGUGGCAAUACUUGCAGAGAAAUAUGCUGUGGAUUACUCCUGGUAUGUAGAUACGAUUCUCAACCUCAUCCGCAUUGCUGGUGAUUACGUCAGCGAAGAAGUGUGGUAUCGUGUCAUUCAGAUCGUAAUCAACCGGGACGAUGUGCAAGGCUAUGCUGCCAAGACGGUUUUUGAGGCCUUGCAAGCCCCUGCCUGCCAUGAGAACAUGGUGAAGGUUGGAGGCUACAUUUUGGGAGAGUUUGGUAACUUGAUCGCUGGUGACCCACGCUCCAGCCCCCUGGUCCAGUUCAACCUUCUCCACUCCAAGUUCCACCUGUGCUCAGUGCCGACUCGUGCCCUGCUGCUGUCAGCCUACAUUAAGUUUAUCAACCUUUUCCCAGAGACCAAGGCCACCAUCCAAGAGGUUCUGCGCUGUGACAGCCAGAUCCGCAACUCAGAUGUGGAGUUGCAGCAGCGUGCUGUCGAGUAUCUGAAGCUUUCUUCCAUUGCUAGCACUGAUGUUCUGGCCACUGUCUUGGAGGAGAUGCCUCCCUUCCCAGAGAGGGAGUCAUCAAUUUUGGCUAAGCUGAAGAAGAAGAAGGGGCCUGGGGCUGUGUCUGUGACAGAGCUGGAAGACAGCAAAAGGGAGGGCGGGGAGUUGAAUGGAGGGAGUGACAGAGGGCCAGACACGUCAGCAAUGGCUGCGUCUAAUGCUUCCACUCCGUCACCCUCAGCAGACCUACUUGGGAUUCGCUCUUCUGCUCCUGUUGGUACUGCUCCGGCCAGCGCUGGCAACCUCCUGGUGGAUGUGUUCUCUGAGGCAGGCCCUGCUGCACCCUCUGCUGCUGUAAACGAUGACGGCUUCCUCAGAGAUCUGGAACAGCCCACCGAGACCUCCGAUUCCCUAUUGGUGGAGGGUUCUGGUGACUCGGACUCUGCUCCUCCCUCUGAGGAUCCUGCUCCUCCUUUGUCUGAGGCAGACGAACUUCUUAACAAGUUUGUGUGCAAGAACAAUGGGGUUCUGUUUGAGAAUCAGCUGCUUCAGAUUGGCAUCAAGUCAGAGUAUCGCCAGAAUCUGGGGAGAAUGUACUUAUUCUACGGUAACAAGACAUCAGUGCAGUUUGCCAGCUUCACCACCUCAGUCAGCUGUCCUGGGGAGCUGCAGUCUCAGCUCAAUGUUCAGACCAAACAAGUGGAACCACUGGUAGAGGGCGGGGCCCAGAUCCAACAGGUCCUCAACAUCGAGUGUCUGACUGACUUCUCUGAUGCCCCACUCCUCAACAUAAAAUUUAGAUACGGAGGAGCUCUGCAGAAUUUGACCCUCAAACUGCCUGUGACCAUCAACAAGUUCUUCCAGCCAACUGAGAUGUCCUCACAUGACUUCUUCCAGCGCUGGAAACAACUUAGCCAGCCCCAGCAAGAAGCACAAAAGAUAUUCAAGGCCAACCACAGCAUGGACACUGAAGUACUUAAGGCAAAGCUGCUGGGAUUAGGAACGGCCCUGCUGGACAAUGUUGAUCCAAACCCAGAGAACUACGUGUGUGCUGGAGUGAUCCAGACCAAGGGCCAGCAGGUUGGCUGUCUGUUAAGACUGGAGCCAAAUGCACAGGCACAGAUGUAUCGUCUGACUCUGCGCUGCAGCAAAGACUCUGUGUCCAGGCGUCUCUGUGAGCUGCUGGCCGAACAGUUCUAGAGUCCAGAUCUCUACCAUGACCAGUACUCCCACCAUCCCCACCAGCGACCUCUCCUUCCAAUCCUCCUGCCACACCUCUCCUCCUCCCUCCAACAGAGAGUCUUUGAGUAAAAAAGGUGUAACCUACAUAAGGGAAAAAGCAGCCGCUGCUAGCAGCAGCAGCAGCAAUAUUAUUGUCAUUAUUCUUGUCCCAGAUUCUGAUUCCAGUUCAUCUUCUACUUGUUUAUUAACAUGAUGCUUCAUUCUUGUUUUUGUUGGUUUACCUGUGUAGCUGGUGUGUGUAUGGCCAGGAGUGUGAGUGUGUGUUUGUGCCUGUGUGCCUGCAUUUGUGUCCCAUGGUUGUGCUGGGGUCUCAUUCUACUCCAUCCUGAUUGCUCUGUAGUACUGAUGCUUUGAAUUUCUGUAUGUGUGUGAGAGAGAGAUUUAAUUUGUAGAACAUUCCUUGAAGUCAAAUGGGAGAAGCUGUUAGUUGUGCACAUACCCCACCAACCAAAAUAACACAAGCUAUUAUAUGACCCCCAUAAUUCCUACCAAUGAAAUGAGACCUGGGGGUUUAUCAAGCAUUCCCACUAAAAAUGCUCUUAUGAUACUGGAUCUUCUCUGUGACCCUCCAGUGUGAGCUCCCUUACUUUUCCACUAAAUGGCCUCAUUCCUCUCAUAAAACCCUAUAAUGAGUAGCCGUUUGUUUCAAUGAAGUAUUGCACUUGUUUGUUAUUGAUGUGUAUGUAAAUAUGUGCCAGUGAAUGACUUUAUUGCUUUCUGAGACAUUCCCAUCGUACUUUUUUUUUUUUUUUUUUUUAGAGUGCUGUUGAUUAUUUAAUCCAGGCUGCCCAAGUAGAAGGAUGGCACAGAGAAGGUAUUAUGUGGAAGAGGGGUACAGGGAUGAGACCUGCAGUGUCAAAACUAUCUUUAAGACCCAUCAGAGUCAGUCUCAUCCACGACCUGGAACAUAGUUCUAGAUGCUUGUCAUUGAAAAGGUUAGGGGACAUUUGUGAGCAGGUCUUUAUUGGAAGUAGAGAAGUUUAUAAGGUGUGCACAUAAUUUUCAUCAUUGUGGUCUUUAACCUUAUCUAACUGGCACAUUGUUUUGGGAACACUUAAGAUAAAACACAAAUCUGAUAAUGUGUGGUUUGUCCAAGCAAAGUUUUCAAAUGUUGCUUCUCUAAGACCAGGCUUACAGAGGUGAUAGUUAUGCUUUAUUUAAAAUCCUCAAGUAGCAUGCUUUAGUUUUAUAAGACAGAAGAUUUUGACUCCUGUGCUGAGCAGUGCACAGCUACUUGCCUAAGCUUUUCAGUGGGAAGCAUCUGGGCCUGUGGUUGAGACAUGAACAGGGAUGAAUACAUUUUAGAGACAUCAUGGUUCUACAAGAUGCUGGUACUGGUUUAGGUUGCUGCACCAGUGUAUGUAUAGAGACCUGUUGAAGUUCUAAAUAAGUGCACAGCUUUAGCUAUGAUUAGAAUAGAGCAAAAUACAUACACCAUAUAGCCACCUAAAAGGAUAUAACAGUUUUGUACUCAGGCAGUACAAAGGCCACUGCAGCAGCUAAAUCCAGCACCCACCUGGAACAAAAUGAGUCUUUCCACACAUUCAUAUCCCUGCUUCUUCAGCCCAGCAUUAUUAUCAGUAAUGCUGAUAUUUCAGGUGUGUACUCAACCACAGCUGUAAAUGUUUAGAGAAUACAGAUGUUGAACAAAUUCAGAAUGCUUAGUCAUUCAUCCACAACUUUAUAACUCUAUCUGGGCUUCCUGUCACACACAAGCACUGACAUUGUGGGAGAGGACAGGAUGUAAGACACCCAGAUGUCCAUGACAACUACAGGGGACUCGGUAUGCAUGUGUGUGAAUGUGAGUGUGGCUGUAAGCAGGUUAAAAAAAAGAAAAAAAGCCUAAAGACAUUUCUAAUACAUAGUCACAGUACAUUCUGUGGCUGCACAGCAAUCACAGGACAUUGAAUUUAUAGUGAAAAAUGUAGUCUUUUUGUCAUUCUGUGAGUGUGUGUACGUGAGUUUGUGUGUGUGUCUAUGCAGUAUCCACUAGCUAAUGCAGCCUCAUGUAUCGGUGUUAAGAACCUGUCCAAUACCUGUGUUAGAAUUAAGAUUUACUCUGUAAUGAAAAAUGUGAAAGUAAAACUAUGCCAUAUAUCUGA